UCAUUGCAGUAUCCGAUGAGUGCCGAUGUGACGUUGAACGUUGAAGUACCGUAUGAUGAUCAUUUUGAUAUGAUAGCUCAUACUGAUGCGUGGUGUCAAGAUGAUUCAAUAGCUCGAAUUAUGAACGAUACCGGUGUGCUGAUUCUAUUUCCCUGUGGACGUGUCGACUCGGAUGAACCGAUUGAACGUGUGAAUACGAUCAAAUUGAGGGGACCUGUCGCGAAAGUUGAGGAAGCACGUCGUCGAUUACGUGAUCUAUGCCCGGUGACAAUCGCCAUCCCACUUUUGGAUCUUAAAGCNGAUUUGACAAUCGACGGAGUGAAGGAGUUGAUCGGCAAGGCGAUUGCUGACAAAAGAAUUGACUCAUCUCAUCUUGAGAUCACUGUUAUGCAGAAAUCAGUGGACAAAGAAGAUCACGGAUGGGUUUGUGUGGUGAGAGGUUCAUUGCGCUGGGAGGAUGAAAUACAUGACGCGUGUGUCGCACUUCGAUAUUUGCUUUUUGACACGGACGAUAAAAAAGAGCACGAUCCAACAUCGUUUUAUGCGAGUCAACUUGAUAUACCAAUAUCCCAACAGCUGAGUGUUUUGGGCGUGAGAGAUGCCUUCUUGGUGAGGCUGGUCAGUAAUCAAACCGGCGCUUUAGUGUGCUAUCCGAGUCCAGGCAAUGUGACACCUGAAGGACAACCUGUCUCAAUGCUCUAUUUGAGGGGACCGGUUAAGUCAAUUUUGCACGCUCGGAGAUAUAUUCAGGGUUUACUGCCUGUGCAGUUAUUUUUUGAUAUCGAAGGUUGUGAUCUGCUCGAGAGGGUUGAUCGGGCACAACGAAAUAUAACGAAAAGGGAUGAUAUUUUUGGAGUCAACAUCACGAUUACAGCAAGUCGCAUCGAAGGUGAACAAAUCAGUGAGGAUGACUUUAUGCGGCAUAUGGUAAUGAUAGAAUCAGGUGAAUUCAACCUGAACAAUGUGUACGCAUUUCGUCAUACUCUCUAUCGUCCUGGUGUCCUAAAAGAGCCAACAGUUAUCACUGAUCAAUACAACUUCUUUGAUCCACUCGUUAAAGAGUUGGUAUUUGCAAAUAAUAAAGUGCUUUUUGAGGUUAGUUCAGUGACCUUCCCAUAUUCCAAAGGCCUCUUUGAAACGCAUCAGCCUUACUUUUUUGUGCACAACCAGUACUUAAAGCAGGGAAUAAAGGUGAAAUGGAGUGUAAAUGAAUGGUGCAUGUUGAGGAGGUAG